AUGCUUUCUACAACGCUCAUUAUUGGGGCUGUAUCAGUCUUGGCUUCGGUGGUCGAUGCUAGCCCCUGUAAGCCAUCGUCUAUCACAACCAUUGUUACAACCACCGAAACCACCUCUGCUGGCUUCUCAUCCGAAACUGGCACCUUAUCGUCUUCCGUUGGUGAGACAAGCCUUUCUAUCAGCGAGGUAGAGACAACGACAACUGCAGACACUUCCAGCAGCACUGGGGUGCCGACCACGACAGCCGAGGGUCCUUUACUUACUAAUGCUGGCUUCGACGAUGGAACAACUGCUCCCUGGGAGUUAAUCAGCCCACGCGACGACAUGUUAAUCCUUGGGAACGCCUUUGACGGACCAGCCUCUGGAAAAGUCGAGUUUGGUAUCCAAAAUGGCCAACAGUAUUCCAAUCUUAUCCUUCAAAAGAUCAACAAGAAGGCACUCAAAGAAGGCUCGUACAGUCUUGAAGGCCGCACUCGUGUCGAUUACUUCAGUGAAGAUGGUGACGGUUGCAGUACUAUUAUCACGGCAUGCGUCAGGGGAUCUGUAGGGAAUUUUAUUCCUAUCCGUGAUUCAGUCAAGCGUGAGAUCGCUGAAGAAUCAGUUGGUGACUGGCAUUCGUCGGCUACUACUUGCACAAUCACUAAAGCCAUGCUGGAUGAUGAUGCUGACAUAAAUGUCGUGUUCGGAUUCAACUGCGCUAAUGCUGGCGCCUACCUUGAUUCUGUCGAUUUCAAGCCAAUUGGGGAUGCUGAAGCUACUGCAGUCUUUAGCAGCGAUACAACCACCAUUGCUUCCAGCAGUGAUAUUACCACAAUGAUGACUACAACGGCUGCUACUACCGACGGCUUAACAACAGUUCCCGAGGCGACUAGCACGACUACAACAGAAGAUGCAGGUCCAACACCUCUGCUCAUCAACGCUAAUUUCGAUCUUGACACGACUGAGCCCUGGCUAUCAGAGGAUGAUCAAUUGACCCAGCCCAUUGCCAUCGGCUCAUAUCAACCCUACCAAGGUCCAGCGUACGGAAAACUCAACUUUGGGAGCGAUCAAGGCGAGUCGUACAACAACGACAUUUACCAAAAGGUCGACACGCAGCUUCUCAAAGCUAGUUCCUAUCAACUUGCCGGCUUCGUUCGUGUAGACAUUGCUAGCCAGAAUCAAUUCACCGAUGGAUGCAACGCAAUGGCCAUUAUGUGUACCUUGGGAGACCCUAACAGUCUCAACCGUGUCCCCGGUUCGGUUCGGACAGUCAGUGCUGAUAGCGCUGAGGGUGAAUGGACCCUGCUCGACACAACUUGUACAUUCACCGAGGAGAUGUUGUCUCAGUAUGACUACAUUACUGUUGCUUUUGGAUUCAGCUGCAUCAACGCUGAGGCUAACUUGGAUGCUGUGACAUUUGAACAAGUUCUCUAA